GGGACACCAGUUGCCGCUGCCAAAAGUGCCACCGCCAUGGGCAAUGUGAUCGCUGCCUUUGGGGAGGAAGGAAUCAAGCUCUUUCCUUUCGCGGCGGUGAUCGUCGUGGUGAUCUAUGCCGCAGUGCGGCUGCUCUUCGGUUCCUGCGAGAACUUUGGGUACCAGUUGAGGUCGGAAACCCGAGAGCUGCUGGGCUAUCCACCCUUGCCGCUGCGAGAAGAUGCGGAGGGCCGCGAAGUGGCCAUCACUGGCAUGUCGCAAGGGCUGCUGCAGGCCUUCUUUGAGAUUCUACCCUUGUCCCGGGAUAUUCCCGCGUCGACUGCUGAACCGGCCAAUGGUGGUCCAGCAUGUCCAGUGUGCAUUCUGAACUGGCCAAACGCUGCUUUAGACUGCGGGCACCGCGUGUGCGCCGCAUGCCUUCAGGAGAUCCGGGGCAGAUCCAAUUGCUGCCCGGUCUGUCGUGACCCCAUCCGAAGGGCGGUGCGUUUGUACAACUGAGCGCCUUGCAGCGCCGUCAUCGGUCUGGGUUUGAUGGGAUGACCGUGAAAAAUGAUGAAACUUUCGGCGAAAUCAUCGGUGAAACCAUCGGUGAUUUUUAAAGAUUAUGGUAUA